AAUAUAACUGACGUGUCCUACUAUACAAAUAACGUGGCAAUCGGUAACUGUCAGUAGUCACGAUAGUUUCGUUCAUAGAUCGAGUGCUUGAAUGUAUCAUAUUAGAAUAUUUACUCUUAUCUAUUUUGACAAAGUGUACUAUUAUUAUAAUUAAAUCCAAUUUAUAAGAAAAAAUUCUCAAUCUGUCAGUUACUUGAACACGUCAUUUAAGGUUAUAUAUGCAACGAACAUUGCAUUAGGUAUAUCAUGUAUUAUUUAUUUAUUUUCAAAUCAGAAAUAAAUUAAUUUCUGCAAUAAGCAUAAUAUGUGGUCAUCGUGUGAAGUAACAGCUUUUAUGGAGAUAUAUGAGAAUGAAAUCUGAUUUUUAGGUUGUCACGUAAGUCUACGGGAAAUAUUAGUGUUUUCAAUAACACACUAAAAAUUUGCCCUUUUGUCGUAAAAUUUCGAGACGUUAAAUUUCUAUGAUGGGAACGAAUUUAAGAAGGAAAACUGAAAAAAACGAUGCCAUGGAAGAAGGUGUUGCGGAACAUAAUCACAUUCAUGAUAAAGCUGAUAUACGUGGAGAUGAAAAAAAUAUAGCUAUACUCUUUUUCUUAUAUCUGUUACAAGGAAUACCUCUCGGUUUAUGUGGCUCCAUUCCUAUGUUAUUGCAAAAUCGAGGUGUUUCCUAUCGGCAACAGGCGGAGUUUAGUUUUGUACAAUGGCCAUUUUCGUUAAAACUAUUUUGGGCACCAAUAGUAGAUUCUGUUUUUUAUCAAAAGUUUGGACGCCGGAAAACAUGGCUGAUACCUACCCAAUAUAUGAUGGGUAUGUUUAUGCUAGUACUAUCUGGACAUGUUGAUCAUUGGUUGGGUAAAGAAAAUGAAAAGCCAAAUAUUGAAAUGCUGACUGCAUUAUUUUUUGCUUUGAAUGUACUUGCUGCUACUCAGGAUAUUGUAGUAGAUGGUUGGGCUCUUACGAUGCUUAAAAGAUGUAAUGUAGCAUAUGCAUCGACAUGCAAUAGCGUUGGCCAAACUGCAGGUUACUUUAUAGGCUAUGUUCUUUUUAUGGCAUUAGAGUCUGCUGAAUUUUGUAAUGGAUAUUUAAGAUCAGUUCCAUCGAACGAAGGAAUUUUAACUUUACCUGGAUUUUUAUAUUUCUGGGGUUGGAUAUUUAUUGUUACAACGACAUUUAUUGCUCUUUUGAAAGGUGAAAAUAAAGAAAAAGUUGGUAAAGGUGAAGAGUUGAAUACAGAUAUUAGACAUGCAUACAAGUUACUUUGGGAUAUUGUUAAAUUACCUUCAAUAAAAACAACAAUUAUAUUCUUGUUGACAGCUAAGAUUGGGUUUUCCGCUUGUGAUGCUGUAACAGGUUUAAAAUUAGUAGAAGCUGGUAUACCUAAAGAAAAGUUUGCAUUAAUGGCAGUACCUAUGACACCGCUACAAAUAUUUCUACCAUUAGCUAUUUCUAAAUAUACUGUUGGUCCGAGACCUAUGGAUAUAUAUAUGAAAGCAAUGCCUUACAGGCUUGCUUUUGGACUAAUUGCAGCAUGUUUGGUGUGGAUCACACCAUAUAUUAUAAAUAAUGGACAAGUUCCAAUGUAUUAUUUUAUUAUAUUGAUUGUUCUUUAUCUUAUACAUCAGAUAUCUGCAAGUUGCAUGUUCGUAGCAUCUAUGGCAUUUUUUGCAAAAGUCAGUGAUCCUGCUGUUGGAGGUACUUACAUGACAUUAUUAAAUACAUUAUCUAAUCUUGGUGCAAACUGGCCUGCAACAGCAGCUCUUUGGUUUGUUGAUCCUUUAACACUUAGACAAUGUAGUACAGAUGCUUCCAAUGAUUGUAGUACACUUGCGGAAAAACAGUUAUGCACAAGUACCAAUGGUGGUACUUGCAUUAUGCAGCUUGAUGGAUAUUACAUAGAAAGUUUACUUUGCUUAAUAAUAGGAUUCUCUUGGCUCAGGUGGGGUAAACGAAAAGUAAACUUUUUACAAGCUAGGCCAAUAUCAGCUUGGAAAAUCAAUCUAACUCGGCAAAAUAGAUAACACAACGUAUCAGUGUUAAAAUUCAUUAAUGCUGUACCUGUAAUUAUUAGAAAAUAACAUAAUGACUUAAUGCGUAUAUAUCUACCACACGUGGUAUAUGUGCAUUCGUUACGUGCUGCACAUUCAUGAAGUGUUCCAACUUUAUUAACUGGUAAUUGAAUGUAAGAAAUUUUCAUUAAUUUAUUCGACAGUUAAAUACAUUAUUGUGUAUACUUAUAUAAAUUUAUUAUAUAUUUUUACAUCAAUAAAAUAAAACCAUACGGCACAAUAUGAGUGAAAGAACUUGAUAUUAUAGGAGAUACAUAAAAAAUUUCUCUCACAAUUUAUAGCACAAUAAGUGGCUUAUGUUGAAUCGUCAACAUUCAUUUAAUAGAUCAAUGUUGUGAGAUCUAUAAUAUAAAGUCUUCACUUUUGUUAUGGCAAUUAUGCACUGGGAAUAAAUAAUGUAAUGAUCAUUAAAAAUUAAUAUUUAACUUUUUUGUAUAAAAGUCCUUUACUUUAUCAUUUUAUUAAAGCUUAUCUUAUAUAUUAUAAAAAUUCUUAAGCAGUAUUUACUAACCUGUGCACCUUGUUUAAUACAAAUAUGAUUAUUUUAUAUUAGCAAUUAAAAAUUUAUUAUCUGUACUUACAUAAAUUUCUCUUACUUCUAUAAGAUUCUCUUAUUUCUAUAACUUAUAAUAAAUAUAAGAUGCAUAUUAAAAUAAUAAAAAUUUCCUUUAUAAAAAAUUAUGAAAGUUCUAGUUGUAAGUAUAUUUAUAAAUUUUGCUAUUUUAUAAAAAAAAAAAUAUAUAAAUCUACGAAAUAAAUUGAUGUUCUUCCAACAAAUUAGCAAAUGUUCUGAUGAAAUUAAUCGAGAUUACUUACCAAAAUGUAGCAAUAUUUCUGUGUAAAUUUAUUAUAAAUUAUAACGAUUAUUUUGAAUUAUUGUAAUCUACAUAUAUAAGAAUACUAGUAAACAAAAGUAGGAAUGUGGGUCAAAAUAAAAUUAAAGAAAGGAACAUACUUCAAUUAUUACAAUUAUUUUACAACACGUCCUACUUUUUAUUAAUAUUAUUAUUAUUAUUAUUUAUAAUCAUUUUGAAAAACAUCAAAUGAAAUUCAAAUAGUGUAAGAUAUAAGUGCCAGAAAAAUAUUACUCGUGACAUAUUUUGUAAACAAACGACCUAAUAAUUAAUUUCUUUAAUAUAUUCCACUUUUAACCACAGCAUCCAGGUUUUGGUGUAUGUGAAUCGGAAUCAAUCGUUGCUCUUUUCUUUAGAAACAUCUUCGAAGGAUGAUCGUCAUUUUUGAUAGCAGAAAUUAGCAUCGAUGGUUUUUUACUGGCAGCUUCAAGUCGAUGCUAAAAUUAAAAAAUAAAUCAAAUAAACUUAUAUAACGUUAUUGAUGAGUACAUUAUCUAUAAUUAAGAAAAAACGUAUAUUUUAAAUUAAAUUAUUAUAUAUAUAUAUAUCAUUACGUAAUGCAAUAUUUUUUCUUUCAAACAGGGAACUUCAGAUAAAGAAGCAUGAUCGCCAUCAUGCUGGAUGUUUCGAGCGAAGACGAUACUAAAGAUCAUCAUGAAGAAAGCCAGUCGUAGAAACAUUUCAUCAAAGUUAAAAAGACAACGAAAUAAAAUCAAAAAUAAUUUUUGUUUUAGUGUCAACUACUUUGUUAAUCGAGCACGAAUGAACACUCUAUCGAUCAAAUACGAUCCUCUAUAUUUAAAAGGACGGCUAACUACGAUAACGUUAAUGAAUCAUUUUUUUAACGUCGUGUAUUACCAUAUUUCUUUUAUGUUUAAUAAAUUGUUUAGAAAAGAA